AUGGAUUCUUCUUUAAAGCUGAAGGCUGGUGAUUAUACGGUGGGAUGGAUAUGUGCCUUAGCGGUCGAACUUGCAGCUUCUUGUGAGAUGUUUGAUGAAGAAUAUCCACAACCACUAUUGGAUGGGCGUGAUCAGAACUGCUAUCGCUUUGGAAGAAUUGGUGGACACAAUGUUGUCAUCUGUUGCCUCCCUUCGGGCCGUUAUGGCUUGGUGUCAGCCACGAAUGUCGCAUUUCAAAUGAAGGCGAGCUUUAAAUCAAUCAGGUUCAGUCUUAUGGUUGGCAUUGGCGGCGGCGUUCCGAAUGACAAGGCUGAUAUAAGAUUAGGUGAUGUGGUCGUGAGUCAACCUUGUGGGCAGCACGGUGGUGUGGUUCAGUAUGACAUGGGCAAGACCCUGCAACUAGGAGAGUCCCUUCGGACGGGUUCAUUGAACUCGCCUCCUCAAGUACUCUUAACUGCAACGACAGCAAUGGAAGCUGCUGCAUUGACGGGAAAGCUGAGGGUUUCAGAGUAUCUCGCCCACAUUGGUUCUCGUCUAUCAAAAUUCGCGUUCCCUACGAAACUUGGAGACCGAAUGUAUGCGACAUCAUCUGUCCACGUCGGUGGCGCUUCUUGUAAAGACUGUCUUGACGGACUUAUUGAACGUGAAGUUCGGGAGUCAAUUGAUGUUGUGAUGCACUACGGAACCAUCGCAUCUGGGAACCAGGUCAUGAGAGAUGGCGUGACUCGAGACCGGAUCAGCCGUGAGUUGGGGACAGUAUUGUGUUUUGAUAUGGAGGCUGCUGGGCUCAUGAAUGACUUUCCAUGUUCAAUCAUCCGUGGGAUAUGUGAUUAUUCGGACGCACACAAAAACAAACAGUGGCAGCCUUACGCGGCGGCCGCCGCUGCGGCAGUUGCCAAGGAACUUCUCAGCCAUAAGCCAUUCAGCCGUAGAGGACACACGCCUUCUUGA